ACUGCAGUCGCGCCUUCUCGAUUCCGAUCUCCAAUUCUUUCUCGAUCUGGUUCGGUGUAUCCCUUCCCUCUCUCUAGAGACCGGAGAUGAUGUCGUUGAGCCUUGUUUCCGCUUUCUCUCGAUCGCCACGCGAUAAGCAUUGGCCCGUGUCCAUGGCGAGCUCGUUUGCACCUUCUUUGAGAUCCCCGCUGUCUAGUUCGAGACCGAAGAACGUCCGUGCGGCAAGGGUGCGGGCCUCUGCCGAAGCCGAUGGCCCGGCGCUCACGGGCGUCGUCUUCCAGCCUUUCCAAGAGGUCAAGAGAGACGAUCUUGCGGUCCCAAUCUCGCCUCAGCUCUCCCUCGCUCGUCAAUACUAUUCCGAGGACUGCGAAGCCGCGAUCAACGAGCAGAUCAAUGUGGAAUACGCUGUGUCAUACGUUUACCACGCCAUGUACGCAUAUUUUGACCGGGACAACAUUGCUCUCAAGGGCCUUGCCAAAUUUUAUAAGGAGUCGAGUGAAGAGGAAAGAGAGCACGCUGAGAAGUUGAUGGAGUAUCAGAACAAACGUGGGGGGAAAGUAAAACUGCACUCCAUCUUGAUGCCGCCUUCGGAGUUCGAUCAUGCCGAGAAAGGGGAUGCCCUUUACUCAAUGGAACUAGCGUUAUCUCUGGAGAAGUUAACAAAUCAGAAGCUCCUGAGCCUGCACGGGGUCGCGGAACAAAACAAUGACCCGCAGCUCGCCGAUUUCAUAGAAAGCGAGUUCUUGUAUGAGCAGGUUGAAGCAAUCAAGAAGAUGGCGGAUUUUGUCACGCAGCUGAGAAUGGUUGGAAAAGGCCAUGGUGUUUGGCAUUUCGAUCAGAUGCUACUCCAUGAAGGCGAGGCGGCGUAAUCUCACAACCAGGGGGCUCAAUUAGAAUCUUUUCCUGUUCUAAGAUUGAACAAAUCAUCAUCAGGAGAAAGCUUUCAAGAGCUUGUGUUUGUAGAUAGUUCAGAUACUCUUUCAAGAGCUUGUGUUUGUUGAUCGUUCAGCUGCUCACCAAACAAGCUGCCGUUUCCUCGUUCUAUUUCGUUUAGUGAAUUGAAAGUCUGUGGGUAGAACUUAAAGUCAUUGGAGGCUGCUUACCAACAUGUCAUCUUCCCUUUCCAUACCCUCAAUAAAAUGAAUCGAGGCUGGUCUGCUGGACUGUGCUGCGACUUACCCUCUUUUCUGCAUCUCUGCGUUUUACUUUUCUUGCACAGAACUUCUCUACUUUUUGACUUAUACAAAGGAAUGUCGAAAGCUA